AUGCUCAUUGGGAUUUGCGGAGGAAUCUGCUCCGGCAAGAAGACGGUGGCUCAGUAUCUCGUCGAGCACCAUGGCUUUGAGCACCUCCAUCUCGAGCAGUCAGCAUCGGGCACAGGGUCUCGCGCUGGUCAAGAUGAGUCGCUGCGGUCCGGCUCGGGAGACGGGUCGUCGUCUCCGUCUCCUACCGCAUACCUCGAUGGUGCCCAUGGCCCAGGCGUCCUCGCGACCGGCAGCAGCAGCACGGCCUCGUCGACGUCCGACUCGACGCCGGCCUUGCGUCCGCAGGCUCGAGCCUCCCGUUCGUUUGCGACAGCCGAGGCGCUGCUCGACUUCGUCACGAAGCGCUGGCGUGGCCGAUUCGUGACGACGGACAUCCCCUCCGAGGCGGACCUCGACGUCCUCAUGCGGCGACCCUUCUUCCUGCUGCUCUCCGUCGAUGCGCCGCUGACGGUCCGCUGGCGGCGCUUCCAGCAGCGUGCGCGGGGGGGCGGCGCCGACGCCGCCGACGCCGCCAUCGGCCUCGAGGCCUUUGUGGCACGAAGCGACGGCCACCUGUACGAUGCCCACGGCGGGCUGCAGCCGCUCAUCUCGCGGGCGACGCUGCGGCUGCUCAACACGUCGUCGUCGCUCGCCCAUCUGUACGCGACGCUCGGCAAGCUCGACAUUCCCAACCCGGACCGGCUGCGGCCAAGCUGGGACACGUACUUUAUGGCGCUCGCCUCCCUCGCCGCUCACCGGUCCAACUGCAUGAAGCGCCGCGUCGGCUGCGUCCUCGUCGGCAGAGAGCGCCGGGUCAUCAGCACGGGCUACAACGGGACGCCUCGCGGGAUCCUCAACUGCGCCGAGGGUGGCUGCCCGCGCUGCAACGAGGGCCAAAGCUCGGGCGUCGGCCUGUCGACGUGUCUAUGCAUCCACGCGGAGGAGAACGCGCUGCUCGAGGCGGGUAGGGAGCGCAUCAGGGACGGCUCGGUGCUGUACUGCGAUACGUGUCCGUGCUUGACGUGCAGCAUCAAGAUCUGCCAGGUGGGCAUUAGCGAGGUUGUCUAUGCGCACGGCUACAGCAUGGACAAGGAGGCAGCCGCCGUCUUCAGCCAGGCGGGUGUCAAGCUGCGGCAGUUCAUCCCCGUAAGUUGUCACGACGAAGCGUUGGACGAGUCUGGCGAGUGCUGA